AUGGCUCCCAGUUCACCGCACCGCGUGGUCGAAUGCAAGACCAUCGAUGGCACGGACAUUUCCGGCUGGCUUUACGAAGUCCCUGGGCUGGCUCCGGCUAUCAUCAUGUCUCACGGUUUCAACUGCGUCAAAGAGAUGGCACUACCAGACGUAGCCGAACUCUUCCACGCUCUGGGCUACAACGUACUCCUGUACGAUGCACGCAGUGUAGGAAACAGCGGCGGCACACCCCGCAACCUGGUGAACCCGCUACAGUUCGCAGAGGAUUUGUCCGAUGUAUACACCUACGUCUCUCGCCUCCCCACCGUAGACGCCACCAAGAUAAUCCUCUGGGGACUAUCCUUCGGCUCCGUAGUCAGCGCCUGCAACGCAGCCGUCGACCACCGCGCCAAAGCCGUCAUCAUGGUGUGCCCGCUUUUCAGCUACGUGCAACCCUCGCGCGAAGACGCCGCCUUCGCUCAAGUCAUCAAGGACCGCGUGUCGCAACUCCGCGGCAACGAGCCCUACUCACUGCAGCCCUUCUCACCCGACGGCACAAACCCCAUCGGUAUGGCUGGCUCUGGCGGACCCGGCGGAGACGAAGCCUACCAUUUCAUGCAGCUGGCCGCCGAGAAGGGCGCAGAGGGUUUCCGCGACCGCAUUGCCCUGCAAACGUACCAGAAGCUUGCGCUGUUCCGCCCAAAGGAGUGUCUGGAUAUGAUACGCUGCCCGGUUAUGACGGUGAUUCCGGAAUUCGACGACAUCUCGUCGCCGCAGGAGCAGGCUGAGAGCGUCGCGAGAAUCAAGGCGCCGAGUCAAGUGUACUGGGCUAAAGGAAAGGGCCAUUUGAAUGUAGUGACUGGCGAGGACGUGGGGCAGUUGGUGACGGAUAUGGAUGCGUUCAUCAAGGCAGUUCUCAGGGGCGACACGCAGGCGUUUGUGAAGGCGCCUUGA